AUGGAUGCACCGGACCCAGAUCGUGGCCCAGAGAUCCUUCCGAGGCCACGUGGGAUCCGAGCUGGGAAAAGUGCGGUACGUAAACGUAAAGCGUACCAGCAGUACCAGCUGAAUCUUCAUACGUUCCGAUAUACUUCCUUAGACGACGUACCAGUCCGUCACUCCGACGGCAGUCAGCGGCCGCUUUAUUCGAAGCCGGGUUGGCGACCCAUCUUUGAAUCCGACAGCGAGCCCGAGGAAGAAUUGGUCGAGGUUGAAAUAGAAGCAGAGGAGCCGCCACUCAUUCCAAAGGCGUCAGGGGCAGUGCCGGGAUAUCAUAGGAUUCGCACGCCACCUGCUCCUCCUGCGCCGCCUGUGCGGCCGUCGUCUUCGUCAUCGGCGAGCGCAGUGGCUAUAGCACCUUCUCAGGGUCCGUCGGCGAAAGUAUCAUCUUCAGCGCCUUCUGUUACAGCUUCAGUUUCUGGACAACGGUUGGCCCCUACGCCGAAGGUGAGGAUUACUCCCGCAGCGAAGACUGCGGCGGUGCCUAAGGUGUCUGUUCCGACUCCGCCGGCGUAUCCUCCUGAUCCUAAGAUUACUGCUCCGAAGACUCCUCCCAAGAAUCCACCGAAGCCUCCAGCGAGUCAGGAGAGUCAGGCUGCAGUGAUCCCGAAGGUGCCGCCGAAGUCAGCCCUCACUUCAGAUCCUAUUGUUGACCUACCGAGGAGCGUCUUGUUGUAUUCACCAGACACUUUUAGCAGGUGCAACUUCAGAGUCGAAGAUAGCCAGCGGCUUGAGGGCAAGGUCGUCGUGUUUGAUUUUCACAACGUGAUUGACCGAUAUUAUUGGGCACCUCGCGUUGGACAGCGGAAGCAGCAGUAUAAGAUCCCUUACCCGAACGAGGCACCGGAGUUGCUCUCGGACGUUCAGGGUCUUCUUAGGCGUGUCCACAGAGCUGCAGAGGAGGCGGGAGCAUUGGUGGUGAUUUGUUCCCACAUUGGUGAGGGAUCCAGGAGCAUCGAGGAUUGGGCCUUGGACACCCUUCGAAACACCUUUAUACAAUCUGUUGGUCAACGCCAAGCCGAUUUAGUCAUCAUCACUCGAUCCCGCACAGGACGCCUCGGAAAGCUUGACAUCUGUCGACGCCUUUUCCAGCAGCCAUCGUUGUUGAUAAUAGACGAUAACACGGGGAUCUGUGAGGAGUGGAACAGAUCGGCUAACGCUGCUGCGUUUCACAUCCAAUUGCCUCGGCGGGAUCUGCCGUCAAUUGGUCGUUCCUUUUCCUCGAUUUUCGAGGCGGAACCUUCCAUUUUGAAUUGGAUCUCUGGCUGA